AUGUCGUUCAUAUUCAACCGAGAGACGUUUGAAGACAACUCAUUCAAUGAGGUGUUGCGCGAGAAGUUGAUGCGGGCACUCAACCUGCACGACAGGACUGUGGGCAGCAGCAGCGGGGCCAUGACGACGGGGACGGGCGCUGUGGAGUGCUCGGGGGCGGCGGCCGCCGGGCAGCGGCCGCCGCGGAGCAAGGGCGGGUUCAGCAAGGUGGAUAUCCUGAAGUCGGGGAUCAUCGUUAAAAAGGUGGAAUUUCCGACCAUCCCGAAGCUGGAAAUCCUUGACCUGGACGUCUCUAUCCAGUCGAAAUCGCUCAUCAAGGGCAUCUGCAAGGUGAGUUGCCGGGACGCGAUGGUACAGAUCACGACGGAGAUUGAGUCGAACCUCUUGUUACUGCAUGUGAACAGCUCGCCGAAGUUUACGACGCCGAAGCUUAUAUCGAACGACUCGUUCACGGUUCCCAUAACGAUGACAUUUGACAAGCUCCACCUUGAGGCCAUCACGAACAUUUUCGUGAAGAACACGGGGGUGGGUAUCUCCUUCAAUGAUGUGAACUUGGACUUCCGCCUCCAGUGCUCGAUUAAGCUGCUACAGUCUAGUAUUGAAAAGCGGCUCAAAGCGUCCAUGGAGGAGGUGUUCAAAGACGUGUUGCCCAGCGUGAUCUUCAACAUGUCACAACGCUGGUUUACGCAUGGCGAAACGGUCGUUCCCACGGUGGAUAAGUCGAUGGUGUCCUCAGACACGCCGGUUCAGCCACGGAUGAUAUUGGAUGAGUCGGACUUGUCGGAUUUGUCUCCUGCAAACAUGUUGCGGUUAUCUACGCUAGUGUCCUCGCGGCAGACGCUUUGUCUAAACCCUACGGCCGUUGAUACGAUUUCCACGAUCCCUGGCUGCCUAGAGCGUCAAAAUCUGCACCGUUUUAAUCUCCGAUUCCCCUCUCUCUAUAAUUACUACAGCAACAAAGAGCAGCAGGGCGCGCAUAACAACGAGAAAAACAGGGUCGAGCAUCUCAAGCUUUGGGGCAGGUCUUCAAGCAAUCCCAUUCCGACCCGUGCUUCGUUCAAAGUCGAAAAUACAUUGCCCAAGGAGGUAUUGGACUCCAAUAGCUAUGAUGUCAGAGUAAUAACUGCUAUCCAGACGAAAAUGUAUGAGCGGGCAAGUAACGACGUUGUGCUUAGAAGAAGAAAAAUAAAAAUGAGAUCACGGAAGCCCAGCAAGGCCAACAAAGAUGCUGUCAGUCCUGCACAAAACGAUUCUGGUACCAGCAGUUGCUCUAAUGUCGCAUCUGAACUGCCACAUGCAUCGCUACAGGCAAACCCUCAAUCAGAUGAAAUAGAUCCUGCUCCUGAGGGUGGUCCUAAUGCGGAGGAUGCAUACAAGGAGGAAUUAGAGGAUUCUGGUCUAAGAGCACCGCAGGACUUCCCGGCGCUCGAAAAUGUGACGCCAGUUCUGGCUCAACUUCCAAACCAACAGCGUUCGCGCCUUGGUUCCCCUCUAUCUGCUGGUAGACCGACACCUCUUUUAAGUCCGUUGGAUGAUUCGCAUUGGUUGCUACAAAAGCGUGAUCCGCAAGAUUUGCGCACAACGCUAUACUCGCCUAUCCGCAAUGGCCGGUUUUACGUGAUGCCGCAACCCCAGUUAGACACUAAGGAAGCCAGCGCGUUCCUGCUUGAGAAUGGUAAGCGGUUCGGAUUCGUUGGGCUUCUGAAUAACCACAACUUGAAAUGGGGGAACGAUCCGCCGCCACCAUACCGAGAGGUAUCUAUAACGCAAUGA